AUGCUCGUUCUCGAUUUCAACUCUCCCCUCUUGCAUUUAUCACAGGGAACCUUCAUCCGCUUCUUGCAGUUCGCGCCACCGACGACUACGGGUGAAACAGAAGCCUCCAUGAGUAGUCGUGCAGAACCAAGCAGUCCCUUCACAGUCCCCACGACGACAAAUGUGCGACGACGCGAGUCUGCACGGGCCGUCAUCCAGCGCCUUCACGCUACGCCCGUGCAGCUCUUUCCUUCGCUAGAGAACAGUGGCGAUGACGCGACGGCUGCACGAGAUCAGCAAUGCACCGCCUCUCACGCUGUCCCUCAACCGUCAGACAGACGCAUUUCCUCGCCAGCAACCACGGUAGCAAACGCUGACAUCAAGACGGAGCUGGGGACGAGUUCGGUGUGUCUCCUCACCACAAGUGCGCAUCCGUUGUCGACGGCAACCGCACUCGGCGGCCCGCUUUCUGCCGCUGCGGUGGCGCGUCCACUGCGGCACUACGCCUAUACCGUGGCCGCCGCACACACCCUGCGCGGCGGUCGGGUGCUUUUCUUAUUGGGCCCUGCCAGCGCCUCUUUUUCACUUGCCUGCUUUACGCUAGAGGUGGAGCAGCAGUGGGUGAGGCGCGCGGCCCGGCUAGCAUCGCCAUCAUGUGGUGUGCCAGACAACAAUAACUCACUAGGCGUGUCGACGAUUUCCUCACCGGAUGGUAACUAUGCAUCGUUGAACGCGGCCGCGCCGUUGCGGGCUCGCCGGCAAGCCGUCAUCGAGGCCAUAGCCCGUGUGGAGGUGUUGGUGUGCGCGUCGAUGGCGGAUGUGUACGCCGUGUGCCACGCCGGCGUGUUUUCAUCAACGGCGAGUGCAGAGAACCCAAAGGAGGACGUGGCAGCAGGGCGUAAAGAGUCUGCUGUGAUGUCGCCCACGCUCUCCGCAUCGCACAUGACGACAACGCAUUCACCCAUCGCAGAAGCCAACCCAAACGACCCGAUGGAGGCAACCGCACAGGUAGGAGCGACACAUUUAUGUGACGUAGGAAAACGGGCGGUGGUGAACAUCAUCCCUCUCUGUGUCGUGGAGGGCUUGACGGGACCCACCACCACCACCACGCUGCAGGAGAGAGCGACGGGGCAGACGUUCCCGAUUCCGCACUACCUUCUCUGCCUACUGCAGCGACGGCUGCAGUGUGCGUUGCUGGUGGUGGAGUUGCCCAUGUCCACGGUGGACACUGCGAGCGGCGGGCGCUAUUCGAACGGAGAGCCGUCGAGAAAAUCGAAUGAAAGCGUUGGCGCCACGCAUAGAACAGACAACAAGACAUCGUUGCCGUCGGAGGAGGCGGUGUUGGCAGACUCUGAUCUUAUCCGUCGACUACGGGUGCCCCACACGCACCCACCGCCUAGUGUGUUCGCGAGUUCAACGAGUGAGCCGGAGACCACCACGCGUCGAAGUCUGAUCGGGAAGGCCGCGCGAAGGGAAGAUGCUCGUUGCACUGCGGAGUGUCGAACGCUGCCGGCGGUGUCGCUGCACAACAUUCACUUCUGCGUUCUCUACGUUGAAGUCGUCGGUGAAAGCCGCAAGACCGUACACAACAGCAAUACCGAAUUCGUUUGUCCGGUGGCUGCUGGACUUCUGUCCUCUGACACGCUGGCGUUGUGCUACCGCCUUCACCUCAUGAAGACGUCGUUGACCGACGCGCCCUCUGCUGCGCGUGGAAGCUCUGGUCGGCGCAGCGGCGUUCGGCAGGGCGGCAGCGGAGAUUGGGGAAGUGGCUUGUGCUCCGUGCGCUCGUCGUGGCGCAACUCUGCCGUGUAUGCGCCGACGUAUUCUGGAACAUGGGUCCACAGCUCCGAGUGGCACGAGUACUGA